CGGCUGUGCAAGCCUCGCAUUUUGGGGGGUCGAAGAGGUUUCUUCGUAGCAUGAGUGGGUGGUCUUGCUUCCUUCCCAUCAUAAACUCGUCCCCAAGGGCAGGUCGUCAGAGUUUCCGUUUGGUUUCCCAACGCGACUACAUAAACCCGUAAGAUGAGCUACUUGAAUGGAAAGAGCUAUGAACCCCCGACCCUGUCACAUAUGGAGGAAGAGGCGAUACUCCAGUUUAUGACCGACACCGGAGCCCCGUGGAUGACGGCUCUCAAGUUCUUAUCUGCGGAAGAGUUUAAAGUUCCAACAGCUGUAGCUAGGUGGAAAAAGUGCAAAGAUUUUCUUAGAUCGGAAGGCAUUUCGGAUGUACCAGAACCGACGGCUUCCUUGAUGCAUUAUCUUACCGUCCCUCUGUUCUAUCUGCCUUCGACGUGUGAUCGACGUGGGGCGACGUUGCUUAUUUUCAAUGCUCGGUAUUGGGUGGCCGAUGAAGCAGGAACGCGAAGGAUGUUAAAGUUGUUGCACUAUAUGUGUGACAAGGCAGCCUCAGCAGAAAGGACUCGCAGAUGUGGGAUAACUCUGAUAUCAAAUCUGGAUGGCAUUGACCGACGCUAUCAGGCGGUAGAAGUUCAUCGAUGGAUAAUGGAAAAGUUAGAGUAUUAUCUUCCUGUGACCUUGCAACAAGUUCUAAUAUGCAAAGCCCCAUGGUGGGCUCGGGUAUUCCCAUAUGCUUGGCGGCCUGGCGCUUGUGACUGUGGACCGCUCUCUGCUGAGAUGCACAUAUGCUCCGAUUUGUUGCUCUACAUUGAACCAUCCCAGCUUCCCAGGGAACUUGGCGGCGAGCUCUUGUACAAGCACAAGGAAUGGAUUACGGAUCAAUUACGUGUCGAACAGUGUGGAAACGAGGACGUUCUGGUCGAGGUUGAUUUGGGUGCCAUGGAAGCCCGUGUAUUUGGCUCAAAUCCACCUUCACCAUCGGACUCUUCCCAAUCGUCGACGAGUCGUGCUAAAUAUAAAGGCAUUCACCUCGGCUCACCCGUCCCGACUCCGCGAUAUAAAGAGAACGGUGAUGGUUAUUUUCCGGAUAUGUGUGCCUCUCCAACUAGCAUUGAGGUAGACAUGAUUGAUAUUGACGAAAUUCCUCUCGAAUCAUUACCUCUACCGUCCGACGAUCUUAGGUCUCUCGACGGUAAAGCCGAUGAUGGAGAGAUGUCCACAGAUGCAGCCCUGCGCGUCCAAGGUGACGUUUUACCGCAGACCCUCCCAGCAAAGUCAUUGGCGCCCCCCCAGCACCAUGUUCCACUUGUUCUGACGGAUUGCUCGCGAGUGUCUCACAUUGCGCCGAUUGCACCUGCCGUCGAAAGUCAUGCAAAGUGACGGCAUCUUGUACAUUGUACGUGUACAUAUGACGGUGAAUCAUUUUCCAUCUUUCUAUGUAAAUAAGGAUAAAAGUGGAACGGAAUAUCUCCGUACAGCAUACACAGCAA